GUUGGAGGCAGGCCUAAUCACAGCGGGCGUUAGCGGCCUAAUUCACGGCCCGCGGCGAGGGAAGUCCGUGAAUCUGCAGAUUCGAGGACGUUCCCGGCAACGACGGUGCGUAUAAAAGCCUGGCGUGUGGAGGGAAGACUCCAGCGAACACUUCGUUCACAACUCACCCACAUCUUCACCUGCACCUUUCCGCUCCACAUCAACCAACCCCUCUACCUCACGACACGAUGAAGUUCUUCUCCACCCUCGUCGCCGCCGCUGCUGCCGCCUCGUCCGCGCUCGCGGUCACCGUGCGCUACGACACCGCCUACGACAACGCAGGCCAGUCGCUGAGCACCGUCUCCUGCUCCGACGGACCCAACGGGCUCAUCACGCGCGGCUACUCGACCUUCGGCUCGCUCCCCGAGUUCCCGCACAUCGGCGCGAAGGCGGGCGCGUCGCACGGGUCCGACCAGUGUGGGACGUGCCAUAAGCUGUCGUGGACGGACGAGUUCGGCACGACGCGCAGCAUCCACGUCCUCGUCGUCGACUACGCGACGAGCGGGUUCAACAUUGCGCAGACGGCGCUUGAUGAGCUGACGGGUGGGCGGGCCUCGGAGAAGGGGUCUAUCAACGCGACCUCGAAGCAGGUCAAUGUCAAGCACUGUGGGCUGUAAUGAAUAUGCCACGAUCACCAGGGCAUACGUAUGCUCUUCACGUUUUGGACUCUUGCAUGGAUUUCACGGACUGGCUACGAACACUGUAUAUGGACUUUUGGGUGGCAAAUUACUUGAAUGAUCUUGGUAACCAUGACAGAACUCAGAGCAUUUUUUGAGA